CAUUAUUUUUGAUGAAUCUGCUAUGACUUCACUAUCUGUUUUUAUUAUUUAAUGCUCAUACAUCAAAAUGAUAGAUUUCGUUCUCUCCUGGAUCUCCCCUUGACUUUAUUGCUCGUGUCUUACCGAUAGUGAUUGGUGCGAUAUUCCGUUUCAGAGAUAUCACAAGCAUCAGUCAGCUCACUCACGCCCGUCAAAAUGUCUACCCGUCAACGAAGACCGUCAACUUCAUCAACCACAGAACUUCUUUCCGAAACGGCUAAAAACAUCGAAAGGAAAGUCGAGCGAGCCCUUACGGUACUUUGGGAUGAUCUUCCUUCCUGGCAACAAGACAAUCACUACAUCAAGUCUGGCUACCGCCCCGCAACAUCAUCUUUCCACAAGUCAUUCGCAUCCCUUGGUUACAUCCACAAUGAAUCAGUCAAUAUCUAUUCACACUUAAUUGGAGCCGUAGUAUUUACACUUUCAGGUUAUUUCUUAUAUGCGACCAUCAAACCUAGGUAUGCAUCUGCAGAGACAGCUGAUGUUCUAGCAUUCAGUUGCUUUUUUGCAGGAGCUGCAUUAUGUCUUGGGAUGUCAGGGACUUAUCAUACCAUUUCUAAUCAUUCUCCAACCGUUGCUAAGUUUGGCAAUAAGUUAGAUUACUUAGGGAUUGUUUUUCUUAUCACCGGAAGUGUCAUUCCUGGGAUCUAUUAUGGAUUGUACUGUCAUCCACAUUUGUUCGAAUUCUACUCCACAGUCGUAAGUCUAUUCUACAUACUAGUGCAUUCAAUUACCCAUUGCUCAUAUGUUUCUAGACGGGUGUACUUGGGGGUUUCUGUGCAGUUGUUGUCAUGCUUGAGAGGUUCAGAACUCCUACUUGGAGACCCUAUCGAGCGGGUAUCUUCGUGGCUCUAGCACUUUGCGGGGCUGUCAUUCCAAUACUGCAUGGGAUAGAACUAUAUGGAUUCCAUGAAAUGCGUGAACGGGCCGGCUUGACAUGGUUGCUACUCGAAGGCUUUCUUUAUAUUCUUGGUGCUUCACUAUACGCAGUAAGUUUCUAAAGCCAUCUCCUAGGACGGUUGUCUGAUUGCUAUUAGGCUCGAUGGCCUGAAAGGACAUCACCGGGUUCUUAUGAUAUUUGGGGAAGUUCUCAUCAAAUAUUUCAUAUGCUCGUUCUUGCGGCUGCUGCAUCUCAUUUGUAUGGCUUGGCAACAGGUUUUGACUAUCAUCACAAUGGUCUUGGCCUGAAAUGUUGAAUGAUGGCGUUAUGACAAUUCGGAUGUUGCAGAAUACCUCAUUUCCCCUACAAAUAAAGUUUUGAACUAACACCACGGGUUAACGGUAGCGACAAUUUAGUCGCGGAAAGUUAGCUUGCGUAGCGUGACAGUAUUUACCUACAUGAAGAUGGUUUAUCGUGGUAUUCGAAGGGAGAAAAUGGCAUCACCGCAAGAUAGACUUAAAACUUACAAUUACUAGAACUAGAACUAGACUAUUAUAUAAAAUGAGAUACUAGAUUCAGCCAAUAA